CUAAUUUGCAAGUCGAGUUUGCAUUUUACGGUUGUUUCGUAGAGUUUUUAACCUAAUAUAUAGUGCAAUAAAUACUUGUCCUUGCUAUACAGCUGUGCAUAAUGCAAAGUUUCUUGGCCAUCUUGGGGAGAGGAAUAGGCCUGUUGAAAGCAAAGUGGUCUAAGUUCUGCUCUUCUGCACUAAAAGUGAAGGCCAAGCAUUUGACAUACAUGCUAGUCAGCAUCUUUUUGUAGUGGGACAAGUCUCCUUUUUUCCCUGUUCCUACAGUCCCGAAAUGGGCAGGGGAAGAUCCCAGAGAUCUCUAAGCUCCGAUAAGAAGUCACACAUAAGGUCAUUUUAGAGUAGUUAAAAUUGUUCUGAUUGCUUUUCACAAAAAGCAUAACAUGUUACUACUUAGUAACUUUGAAAAGAAUGGUUAUUUCCUGCAGUGUAGAAUAACUGUAUGGUAGUAAAACGUUUAUUUGUUGUUAAAUUAGAAAAAUGAAAGUUAAAAUCCGGGUGUCCUAGCUUCCAAGGUUUCCUAAAAAUCUUAAAUUUCAUCUUUCACCUUUUAUUAGCAGGCUGUUGUGGUGGUGAUGAUAGUCAUAGUUAGUAAGCCUUAAAUUGCCAGAAGCUUGUUAUCCUCUCUUUCAAUCUGAAUGGAUAAAUCUUGAAACUGCUUAAACUCUACAAGUCUGUUAUUGAAGAUGUGAUUGAAGGUGUUCGGGAACUCUUUGCUGAAGAGGGUGUAGAUGAACAGGUUUUGAAAGACUUGAAGCAGCUUUGGGAAACCAAGGUGAUGCAGUCUAAAGCAACAGAAGGCUUCUUCAGACAUAGCCACCAUUCUUCACAGUUCACCUUGCAGUUGCCACACACUUUUCAUCGUGUUUUGCAGGCUUCAUCAGCUUCCUUAGUCAUCCCAGCUGGCAGAGGUUUACAGCAUUUCACGGCAGCAGGCCUGGGUGCUUCACGACCAGGUGCAACUCUUACUCUCCCUUCGGGUAUUGCUUAUCCUAUACACGUACCAGCUGGAAUGACACUACAGACAACAUCUGGGCAGCUUUAUAAGGUAAAUGUUCCUGUCAUGGUUACGCAGGGCCGAGGAGGUGCAAAUAUUCUGCAACUUCCUAUUCAGCAGAUAUUUCAGUCGGUUGGGCAACCUUCAAUUCUGCACGCCAAUGUGGCCAGUGUAGCACCGGUGAACGUACCUUCUGUCCAGCCAACUGCCGACAUGUUGCGAACUCAGAAGACUGCUGUCCAACAGACCGUGGCAGUUCAACAGAGUGCCACGGAAAAUAAACACCUAGAGAACUCUACCAGUACUGCGUUGGUUCAGCAGCCUAUGGAGAGUCAGCAGCAAAUUGCACCUAAUGCAGUGCUGAAUCAGCAUGAAGAAUCUACAGAGAAAUCCCAGCAUGGCAGUCUUCAUACACCUGUGUUUAAUUCAGAAUCCUCUGAAGUGUUUUCUCCUUCUGAAUUUGUUGAGGCAAACAACUCAAGCAGUGUGCUGCUGGACGUGGAGGGGCAGUUAGACACUGAGCCUCAGGAAUCACUACAACAGCAGGUGUCUGAUGAUAUCAUUGAGAUGAUUAUCAUGGGCAAAGGUUUGGAUGAUAACACUGGUUUGAAAGAUGAGGACACCAUUGCUCCCACUGGCAAGCUGGAACCUACUGAGCAGGUGGAAUCUAAUUUACGAUCAGAGAAGGAUAUCUGCAGUGACAUUGAAGGCAUAAUUCAGCUAGAUGGAACCGGUGAUGCUUCUCCCAAGGAAGAAAUACCACACACAAAGGAUACAGAAGAGAAUGAAUUCAUUGGUAUUAUUGAAUCAGAGGAUCUAAAAAUUCUGGAGGAUGAGGAUGAAGGAGAGGAUGAAGAAGGUGACAGUAUUUCAAACGUGGAUUCUAGCAGCAGUAGCUGUGAUAAUGAAGAGCCCCAAAUAGAUAUUGUUGAGGAGGACCCAUUAAAUUCUGAUGAUGAUGUCAGUGAACAGGAUGUUCCAGACUUGUUUGACACAGAUAACGUGAUAGUUUGUCAGUAUGACAAGAUACAUCGAAGUAAGAACAAAUGGAAGUUCUACUUAAAGGAUGGAGUGAUGUCCUUUGAGGGUAAGGACUAUGUUUUUGCAAAAGCCAUUGGAGAUGCAGAGUGGUGAUGCCUCACCGAAGAAUGUACUUUAGAACUGUGGCCUUAUUCCCUUACUAUCUGUGAAACAACUGGACUUCCUAUUUUGUCAUUUAAAAGAAAGACUGUGAAUUUGCAAAAUAUGUAAAAUGUGUUCUUAAUACAUGCAACUUAAAACACUGUAUUGUUUCCUGCUCAUUUGUCUUUGCUGUUUUCUGAUUAUUUCAUUACUUUUCCACUAAAGAAGCAUUGUUGGAGUGAAUAGCUGUAAAGACUAGAACAUUGACUGUGGUAGCAAUGCAAGGAAGUCAUGGAAUACCAAAUGACUGUAUUUAAGUAAACUUCAAUUCCAUUGGUUUUGUUUCUUUUUUUUUUUUAAUAAGAGCUGAAAUAUGACUUGAAAUCUAAAACUACACUGUUGUAAGUGAUAUUUAUUUUCAAAGACUGAGUUCCAAAAAAAAAGAAAAAGCUUAAUAUCUGUACAAGUCUGAAACUUGUGGCUAUUUCAGCUGUGUAGUUUUCCCUACUUUCCUUCCUAUCCCUUGCUUUUUUGUUGUUAACCUUGUGUGUUGGUUUUUUUUUUUGGCUUCAGCUUAAAGGCAGGCACUUUAUAUGCAAGUCAGGAAAUGGGGACAGAAGACCCUUCAGCUCAAUAUAUGAACUAUUAUUGUUUAUUCUAUACCUUCUAUGUCUGCUGAGACGCAAUGAAUAGUGUGAUUUAACAUUAGAAUGUGAUUUAUUUUCACUGUCAAUGUGAAGUCAUUUAACUUCAGUUCUGUGCGUAUCCACUGCCUUCUAUGACUACAGACCAGUAGGCUGUGAAUGAUACAAAUUGUGCAUAAUAAUAAAAUGUCAUCUCAUA